UGCUUCACCCAGUUGUAUCCGGCCCUGCCUUUAACGAGCUGGCAGCUCUAUGGAAAACAGAGAAGGGAAAAAAAAUUCAGAGCAAGGUCGGUCGGUCUGACGGGACGAAGCACAGUGGAAGAGGAAGGGAAGUCACCCGAACAAGAAAGAGGGGACGUGGUAAGCAAGACUAUAACGAUGGAAGCAGGAUUUUUAUUUGAAAAAUAUUUCAACACAACAGAAGCCAGUGACUAACGCGAGUUUCUAGAUACAAAGAACCAAACGGAGGAACCCAAAAACUAGACAGACCGCACAGCCGACUUUGUAUUUGUUUCUGUGCUGUAAAAAAUUUACAGAGACAACACUGAAAAGAACGUUUUCCUGGAAAUUAACUUAUAAAAUAUUAUUUCAACUUUUUUUUUUUUAAAACCUGACAAGUGUGUUGCCUUUUUGUCUUGUUAAACCGGGUUCGGUUCUCCGUGGACUCGCACUGUUUGAAAAACAUUACGCUACAUCGCGUUAAACUUUUUUUUUUUUUUUUUUUUUUUUGUGACAUUUUUUAAAUUUGUUUUUGGACAAUAAAACAGAAAAACAAUUAUUAUUUUAAACAAAUAAUAAAAAAAAUAAAUACCAGAAACCGGCUGCGGAGUACUACAGGCAAAAGUAAAGGGAGGUACAAAGAAAUAAACACAAUAAAGUCGACUCUCCUAGGUGACCGCUGAACUCUAACGUCCAAUAAUAAUAAAAGAGGGGACGUGGCAAAUAUUUAAAGUCUUUUUUUUUUUUUUUUUUUUUUCCCCCGUUACGUUUAAAUGUAAUACAUUAUAUAUUCAUAAUGAUGCUGUGACGUUUUUGAGAAAAAGGAUUUCAAUGUAUUUGAAUUUUAUAGUUACUAGCUAUUGAGAGAUAAAGGGCUGAGACAGAAAGUGAAGGUGCCACACAAAGGCGGCUUUGUGUACUUCUUUGAUACACACACACAAAAAAAAAAAACGUUGGCGAGAGAAAGAGGCACAGAUAGAAGGAAAACAAACAAUAGCUUGUUGUAUUUAUCACUUUAUGUGUGUCUUUUUUCAGAAAGUAAUGUGCGUGUAUGUGCACCGGCGUUGAGAGCUGGGUAUUUCACACUAGGCCUUGCGGUCCGAACAAAAGCCGCUUAACUUGAAAUUUAUGAAGCGAAACUUGAAUUCGGCCACGAAAAGGUGAAACAUUUCCUGGGGUGUGGUUUAUUAGCCUAUAGACGAAAGGUCACUCUGUUUUAAUGAGAGACUUGUAAACAAGAGAGGGGUGAAAUAGAUACAAAUCCCGUGGCAAGGCUUAAACCAUUUCCACAAGGGCAACCGAGUUUUCAGAACCGAAAAGAACAGCUAUUUGAGAACGACUGGAAAGUGAAAGAGCUUAGUGACAAGUUUGCAAAAAAAAAAAAGUAGCACCAAAAAAACUCUGAUGUAGAAAGUCUGUAGCACAGUCGACAGCUGUGUGUUUUCAAGAAACACAGCUGGCGUUUUUACAGCUGCUUGCCAAGGGGAAAGGGGACUGAACCAAUCCACAGACGAUUGAUAAGAUAAACACAAUUCCACACUAAGACAAAAACAUGCAUCUCGUCCUCUGCACACAUUGACGUAUUAUCGAAGAAAAUCAGUAUAUUAUAUGUUAAGAUACGGAUUUGUUUGUAAUAAAUAAGACAAUUGAAACAACCUUAAAUUAAGAUUUCAUUAGUCGCACAUAUUUAUAGAGAGCACACACUCAAUUACAGUUAGUACAAAUAGGAAAGAAAUAUUAAAGUAAUCAAAUAAUUUUUGAAUCUGUGAUUUGAAAUUCUAAGGUAGUACGUUACAUUGGCUUAUAUGCAUGGAUACAUGCAGAUUAGUUUGAACAAUUAAGAAAAGGUAUUCUGUUGAGGCAAUUUUACAAACCCUGCAGUUAAACAUUAAAUAACCAAAUCAGAGUUUUUAAAGACAUUUGGGCAGGAUGGCUUUAGUGGGGCGUGUUUGGGGUUGGGUCAAGCCUGUAUUAUCCUAUCGACCAUGGGGAAGCAGAAAAGGGGCGAAGGAACUAGAGCUAGAGAAAGAGAGCGAGUUAGAGAGGGUGGAAAGAGAAAAAGCCAAGGAGGGGGAGAGGAAGAUGCUUCUGAAGAUAGAGGAGCUGGGUCCUGUCAAAGGAGCUGUGGUUAACAAGUGCACCCCCCAGAGGUGGUGGCAGGCACUGCCACUGAUACGCUGGUACUGGAGGAACCCAGAGCAGUCGGAGACGGUAAAAAACAUCACCCAUGUUCCCUUGAAAGAAACAGACUGUUCAGGGAAUGUAUAUUCCAUGGCCCCUUCCGGACCUCUGGACGCUACACCCACUGCCCUUUUUAAAAAGAACCCCAAAUGGGACCAUGUAAUCCUCCCGGAACAUUACGACAUCUCCUUCAACUUCCUGCGGCAUCUCUUCGAUCUGUUUGUCGUCGGUUUCUUGUAUGUCAGCUCCCCGGCUGUCCGAGUCUGCCUGGAUGUGUUUGGUCUCAAGGGCGCGCUGAAGCUCUGGAUCCACGGGAUGGCGCUGUUUCUUGUGUCCGUCUCUGGAAUGGGCUUGCUGCUGUGGCUGGUCCAGGCCUAUCUGCCCCAGUUUGCGCUUGUCUACGGUGUGCUGCAAGCCCUGGUGAUCUCGGUCAGCGUGAAGCAGAGUCUGAUGGCUAAAGCUGAAGGAGAGAUUGAGGGACAGCCAGAGGAGACAGAAGACAAGGUGGGGACAGUGCUGGACAGCAGCGAUGGAGAGAGGGAGAGUGAGGAGAAGGAAGGUGGCAGAGCUAAGGAAGAGGGCAGAGUUCCCAUAAGCGAUGUUGUAUUUUGAGCAGGGAAAACAGAUGCUUCUGGAACCCUAUCCAAAAAUCUGGGAUUGAAGACUACUUUCUGGGAAUUUUCAGGAUCCCACACAAUGACAAUUUCUCGAGAUCUAGAAUUUUUUUUUUCCCUGCUAACCUGGAUGGAUUUAUGGAGAUGGCUAGAUCAGGAAUAAGGGUCUGUUUCUGACACUGGAGCCUUUAUUUAAAACCACUGUGCACAUCAAUGUUAUUACACCCAUUACAAACAGCCUGGAGUGGAUAGCUGUGAAAGAGUGUGACUUUUUAUUUUUAUGGUUGGAAACGCUCACUCCUGGAGUCUAAGGCUUUAAAUAAUGUACUGCAUUUUUUUUUUUCUGAAUAUUGUCCCAUAUUUUUACAAGGAAAAUCUAUAGAUGCAUGGAAGAGAAAAAGUGGUUUCCUCAUCUGGUACGAUAUGCAAGAGGAACAAUCUCCACAAAGGCUUUUAAUACGUCUUGUUUAGCACACAUAUUAUUGCCGUGGGUCUUUCCCACUCAUUUAUCGCUGCCUACCAAUUUUAACACCACUGCACAUUUUGAGUGAUUCUAUGGUGUUUUUAACUAGUUUAUCCAUCAAUCCCUACUGCAGUUAUCUUGUGCUGUUAUACACUACAAACCAGCUUCUGGAAGUAUGGUCUGGAAUCUACAAAUCGAGCUAAGCAACAUAUGCUGUUGUGAAACUGAAACAGGGGAUCCAAAUGCCCUUGACAGUGUUAUUGUUAUCUGUAUACUAGUAACAAUUUUAAUGUACGAAAAAAUACAAAGAACACCGCUUAGACCACAGUUUAACAAAAUAAUGUGUGAAAUUGACUCUCAAAUCACUGUGAAACCUUUUUUUUUUUUUUUUACACUACAUUAAACUUUCACUGUGUGUUCUUACAUUUAAAA